AUGUCGACUGCCAAGGAGAUGGAAGUACCCACCACGCGACCUGUCUACAAGGUCUAUAAGCGACGUUUCUGGGGUCUGGCACAGCUGGUGUUACUGAAUAUUGUCGUGAGCUGGGAUUGGUUGACCUUCUCCUCCAUCUCGACUACCGCCGCCGAGUACUUCGAUGUCUCCGAGAGUGCCAUCAAUUGGAUGAGCACGGGGGUUCUCUUUGCCUUUUGUAUCGCGAGUCCCUUCGUCAUCUGGGUUCUCAACAAAGGCGGUCCCAAACCGGCCAUCGUUAUCACUGCGUCGCUCCUGCUAGUCGGCAAUUGGCUGCGAUAUGCAGGUACCAAAGCCAAUGGCGGCAUUUUUGGACUCGCCAUGUUCGGCCAGGUCAUUAUUGGCCUGGCGCAGCCAUUCUGCUUAUGCGCGCCCACGCGCUACAGUGACCUAUGGUUCUCUGAUAAAGGACGCACGAGCGCCACGGCACUCGCCAGUUUGGCGAACCCGCUCGGCGCGGCAAUCGGGCAAUUGGUGGACUCGGAAUGGGCAACGAAGCCAUCUGAUAUCCCCAAUAUGGUUCUAUACAUUUCCGUCAUUGCAACUGUCGCAUCACUCCCAGCCUUCUUCCUCCCCGCAGAACCACCCACACCCCCCAGUGCCUCAUCCGCCAUCCCCCGCACACCACUCAUCCCCGCAACACGUCAACUCCUCGGCACCCUCGAAUUCUGGCUCAUCCUCGCCCCCUUCGGCGUCUACGUCGGCUUCUUCAACAGCGUCUCCUCCCUGUUAAAUCAAAUCCUCAGUCCAUACGGCUUCUCCGAAACAGAAGCCGGCAUCGCCGGCGCAAUCCUUAUCGUCGUCGGCCUAAUCGCCGGCGCAAUCAUGUCCCCCAUCACAGACCGGUGGAAACACUACCUCGGCUCAAUCCGCAUCCUAGUCCCCAUCAUCGUGGCCUCCUAUAUCGGAUUGAUUUUCGCGCCGUCGAGUUCCGCCGGCAUUGGGCCGAUGUAUGUCGUUAUGGCGUUGACGGGGGCGUCUUCGUUUGCGAUGUUGCCGAUUGUGUUGGAGUAUUUGGUUGAGAUUACGUAUCCGUUUUCGCCGGAGAUUGGGAGUACCAUCUGCUGGACGAGUGGGCAGUUACUUGGGGCCUGUUUUAUUCUUAUUCAGGAUGCCUUGAAAGAUGGGCAAGAUGCGAGUCCGCCGGCUAAUAUGCGUCGGGCACUGAUUUUCUCGUGUGUCUUGUGUGCGGUGGUCGCGCCGUUGCCCAUGUCGAUCGGGCUGUUUGGCAGGAUUGUCAAGCGUCGGCGGUUGGAGGUUGAUCGUGGUGUUGAGUUAGAUGCGGCAGAGGUGAGUGCCCAGGGUACUGGUGCUAUUGCGCUGGAAGCGGGUGUUUCUCAUACUCACUCGGGCAGCGUGGUGGAAGACUCGACUUACAAGAAGGUUGAAGCCCGCGAGUGUGCAUAA